CUGAACUUGUAGUUGGCGCUUAUGGUUGUCCUUCAGGUUGUUUGCGGCGCUAAUCAGGUGAUAUUUCGGUUAUGAUAACCGUAUGGGCCACUUACUCUGGACAUGCGUUAUUUGUUUCUUUUUUUCUAUUCAUGUGGCUCAUAUACAGUCGGAAAAGUAUCCAAUUGUAAUAAUUCCGGGUGAUGGAGGGUGUCAGGCGUAUAGCAAGCUAAAAAACUCAACGUCACCUCCUUUUUUAGUAUGGAUAGAUCUACGUUACUUUCUCGAACCGGGGAAGCUAAAUCAAUACUUCGGCUUAGUGUAUGAUCCAGUCACUAGAAAGUCCAGGGAUCCUGACAUCGCAGAAGUAUAUUUCCCAGGUUGGGGUGAAACGUGGUCUAUCGAAAAUCUGGAUAGUUAUAAACAUAGCAGAACUGAAUAUUGUGGCCCGAUGAUUGAGUCAUUGCGUCUUGAUCCUUUCUUUGUAUCCAACUGGACUAUUCGCGGCGCACCCUUCGAUUUCCGUAAAGCUCCAAACGAAAAUGAGGGCUUUAAUGACAAACUUAUGCGCCUGAUUGAGGAAACUUACCAAAAUGGUGGAAACCGGUCUGUUGUCUUGCUUGGCCAUAGUUUGGGGGCUAAAUACGGUAUGUACUUCUUAAAGUCAAUGAAGAAAAGUUGGAAGAAUACAUACAUCAAAACCUUUGUCUCACUCAGUGCUCCUCUUGGUGGUUCAGUAAAGGCUCUUAAAAUUGAAGCGAGUGGAGAUAACUUUGGUGUGUUUUUACGCAGUCCACUUAGUUUCCGUCCUGUUCAACGCACGCUACCUUCUCUUGCUUUCCUUCUCCCGGAUUCUCGUUUGUGGUCACCAACCGAACCUCUUAUUAUAACACCAACAACAAACUAUUCUGCUCAUGACUACGAACGUUUCUUUCGUGAUGUCAAUUAUUCAAUCGGUUUCCAGAUGAUGUUGGACAGUAAAUCUAUAAUUGAUACACUCGAAAAACCAAGCGAUAUUGAUGAAAUCUAUUGUAUUCAUGGGGCAAAUUUGAGCACUACUGACCAAAUGAUUUAUUCACCGCCCAAUUUCUUUCAUGGUGGAUUCCCAGAUCAAGUGCCGACUUUGAUUCCUGGAAAUGGUGAUGGGACUGUUAGCCUACGUAGUUUAGAAGUCUGUAAACGUUGGCCUGGUAUAAAAUAUUUCGUGUUACCUGGGGCUGAACAUGUAAAUAUUAUGGGAGAUCCUCGUUUUAUUGAUAUUAUUCGUCAAAUUGUUGGUGCUAAUACAACUUAGACAUUAAACUGUUGUUAGUUAUUUUCUUCAUUUUAUUGUUUACUUCUUCACUAUAAUAAGAUUCUCAUUUCAUACAAUUUCCACCUAAUAAUUCGAAUUAUUUGUUACACUAUGUGAUGGUGGUCAAGGUAGACUGCAAAGUAUUAGACACAUGAUCGUGAGUGUAUCGAAUGUCAUAUUGAUAUGCUCUAACUUGAACAAUAUUUUUGUUUUCAUCUGGAUAAGAUUAGGAUAACAGAAUCUAUGUUUUCUGUAUUGUUUUUAUGUCCUCAUGAUUUAUUUCCAUUAUUACGUUAUUUUAUUUAAAAGUUAUUGUUCUAAUUAGUACCAAGGAACUAUGUUUAAGUUCGAAAGGGUUGUAAAGGUUUUCUUUUUGUGUUAAAAUAGGUUUAAUCAUAGGUUGACAUCAACUAGAGAACCAGAGCCUAUCUGAAUCAACUCAAUUUACGUUCUCUUGACAGUAUACAUCCAUAAUUCCACGUAAAAUCAAAUCCAGGGCAUUUAGAUUUCGUAGAAAGUAUGAUACUUGUAAACAACUGAGUCGUAAUUAGAACAAAACAGCAACCCAAUAUUUUUCUAGUUUUUGAUGGUUUUCCAGCCGAUUUUAGUCUUUCAUAAAACUAACCUCGAAUAUCUUAUGUGGUUAUUUGUCUUGUGGGAAUAAACAUAACUAUUAACAAACUACUAUGCUGAAUUGAGCAAAUGUGUUUGUAUAUUAACGGACACAUGUUUGGCUUAUUAGUCUUAAUAGUCAGAUCUCAACUAUUGGGUUGUAGAUCCCACUCGAAGAUAGCAUCUAUAAUUGUUAUCUGAUGGAUAUAGCUCAGCCUCUCGUAAAUCAACCUGUUCUUGUUUGUCAGAAAGCAUAUUUCCACGUACAUCCCUACCAUACGUGUUAUCAGUUUACCCUAAUGUGUGCAGAUAUAUUAUUAGCAAAUAAUAUUUCAUUUUCAUCCUUAUUAUUUCCAUUGUUCCUUAUAUCGCGUUAAUCAGGACUGAGUUAGUUAGCAGUGAUUACAGAUUAGUAUAAGCUUAAUAUGGUGUAACGUUACACAAGUAUAUGAUGCAUGACAUCUCUGUAUUGUAGUAAUAUAACGACCACUUUAGUUAAAAGUACUAGGUAAAUGUUCAGCAUCUAAUAACUGUUGAGUUGGCAAAAAUAAUAAAAAGCUAAGUUUUUAGGACAAAAAAUAUGUAAGUGUAUCAGUUUGGUUUUCGAUCUCUUAACGUCUCUUAUUCAUUUGAAGUCAUGGUGCGAUACGAUGUCUGGGAUAAGCAAUUCAUAGUCUUCUCUAAAAACCUGCUGACCUAUUGACGGAAUCAGCAAGUUAGCAAUAGUUAGGCCUAGAGAACCUAAUAACAUGAUUGGUUGCUUCACGAGAUUAUUAUCCUAGUCACAUACUGUCACUCAGGCUGGUGUGAAAGUAGAUCGAAAAAAAGCCACUAACACGUGAAUUGAAA